AACAAAAGAUGUUUGUUAAUGGUGGUAUGAACCACAGGAAUUCCUUUCGGUGGAGCACGCGCAUUACACGGUUUACAAUAAUAAUAUAAUAUAUAGGGAAGUUCAACCUGUAACUACCGUUGCCAGGACAACUUGGCCGGCACAAACAAAUGAAACCCUAUGGUUAGUUAACAACAUUUCGAUUGUGAGAAAUAAACGAAGAUGUCGGACAAAGAUCUGGAUGCUAUAAUCCUGGUGACCCAAAAGGUUUUGGGCAAGUACCUGAAGAAACCACCGCUCACAGAGAAGCUGUUAAAGAAGCCACCAUUUCGGUUCCUCAUGGACGUCUUUAAUAACUUCAUCAAGCAAACUGGCAAGUUUGAUGGUUUAUAUACGCCGGAUGAGCAGUUGUUCGAGAACAUAAGUAGUCGGGAGGAUAAAAUACGAUUCCUGCAGAAAAUGAUUGAUGCCAUCAAGCUUACUACUAAGUUGGACCUCAAAGUACGCACUUCAAAAAUAGUUGCUGGCCAGGAGCCGGAGCUCACCAAUGAGCUCCUGCAGGCAAUGGCCAGUGUGGCGGAAAAGAAUCUGGAGUGGGAUGGCGUUGUGGACCAGGUGGUAAUUGCCCACAGCAAAACGCCACUUGCCAUCACGAAACCCCCGAAGGAAACUAAAAUUCCCAGCAAAAAUUCCUCACCCGCCGGUAAGGAGGAGGACCCAAAACGACGCAAGGAGAAACGCAUUUCGCCGCAGGAACAAAAGCUGCGCAAGGCCACCGAUCAGGCAUCCCGAUCUACUCCCCCAACAGAGAAGGAUAAGACAUCUCAGAAGAAGAGUAAACUACCCAAGGAUGACUCCAAAAUAAGUCGGCAGAAUUCCAAACAAAAGAGUCCUUCACCGGUCAAACUAAAGUCCAAAACCAAGCUGCAGUUAUCCACAGAAAGCGAUAAUGCCAGCAUGUCCAUGUCGCCAGUGCCAGGAGGAGUAACUAAGCAGUCUGCUUCUGAAACUGUUCCGGCUAAAGUAGAGCAGGAAACCAAUCAGGUUUCUCCUUUAAAGGAAAAGGAGACAUUGGCGGAACCUCCCCAGGAAACUCCACCCGCUCCGGCUCCAUUGGCUCCUCCAGUUGAGCCAGAGAGUCGCAAAUCCUCCGGCAGAAGUCGGCGUUCUAGUGGUAGCCAUAGACAACCAGAGCCCAAUUCCACUGAGAUCCAGUCCCAACCAGCGGUGCAGUCAUCGGAAAGUAAUACUCCACCUGGUUCCAACAAUAGCGAGGCAAAGCGGGAGAUUCCCCUCUCCAGAGAGAACUCGAAAGACUCCAAUCAACGACCUAGAACCUCACUUAGACCUCCAUCCGCUCGACCCGCCUCCGCGCGUCCUGGAGCUCCACGGCGUCGGAAUGUGGAGAUAGUACUUCAACCAAACGAUCAGGUCAAGAUGUCUGGCAUCAAUGUUAAGUUAGAAACCUUUGGUGACCUGGAUGACGAUGGAGAGAACCUUGUGAUCAUAGAAGAUGCCAAUUCGCAUGACAUUGUUGAAGGCAGUGGAGCAGAAGAACCUGUGUUGGAGGGUCAACUCGAUGCUCAGGGACGCUUGGUCCAGCAGAUCCUGGAAACCCAAAAGGAGUUGGUUCAUCAAAAUGCCGAGGUGGAGCCACAACAAAGUCAAGUUGCCCGUCAAAGUUCCGCUCGCCAGGUGAACGACCUGCGCGAUGUGAUCCAAGGUCUCACAAAGGCGAUAAAUCCGAUGGGCAAACUUCUCGAGUUUAUUCCCGAAGACAUUGAUGCAAUGCAGCUUGAGCUAAACAUGUGGCGCGAGAGUUACACCCAGGCCUCGAUGGAACUGAAAAGGGAACGUAGUCUCACUGCAUCCGCCACGGAACCCAUGAGGCACCAGCUGGAGCAAAUCAACGCCAGCAUUGACGAGUACCGGGAGCUCAUCGAUGAGAGUCGCCACAAGAUCCUGCAAAACAACGCCCGUAUCCUCAAGUUGAUGAUGGAACAGUAAACGUGAUGUUUUUAUAUUUAAUAAGAGUUCUAUAAAAA